UUCCCUCCCUCACCAAUCCAUCCUUGUCGUUUUCAGCCAGCGAAUCUUACCCACAUCUUCUCUCCAGCGUGACCGGUUCUCUCGAAGCCAUUGCUACUUCUCCAAACAUCAUGUGUCGGUUCUACGCACACACACAUCCAUGCGGUCACACCAACAUGGUCUUCGCGGCGUACUGCUCCGAGGCCGCCAUGGUCCAGCGACAAUGCAUCGGCGGGGAGAUCUGGCAGACCCUCACGAUGGACGAUGCCUGCGGAGAGUGUGUCAUUGAAAAUGCGCCGGCUACUCAGAGGCCUGCGAGAACGGGAAAGGGGAAGAAGAACACUAAGACUCGCUGAGCAAACGACGAGUCUGACUUCAGAUGAAUUUCAAUCGAAGAAAACGACCUGAUAUAGACGAGGGGUCGUGGCAGUCAACAAAAAGAGUCGCAAACAGGAGGAACUGCUGAGACUUGAAGAUGUGAACUGCAGGA